GAAGUGAGUUUGAGAAGGUGACGCAGAAGGUAAACAUGGCCCGCAGACUCCUCUGCAGAUCUGUCGGAGUGUUCCAACUCAGCAGGACUUCAGUACCGCUCACAGGAACUCGGUUUCACUCUCAGACAGAACCGGAACCGCUGACGGUGAAGCAGCAGAACCACGGAAUCAGGAGAAUAAUAUUGAACAAUCCCAAGAAGAGGAAUGCUCUGUCUCUGUCCAUGCUGGAGUCCCUCAGAGAAAACCUGCUCACUGACGUGGACAGCGAUGACCUCAGAGUGGUCAUCAUAUCAGCCAGAGGUCCAGUGUUCUCCUCCGGACAUGACCUGAAGGAGCUGACGUCGGCUCAGGGACGAGAGUAUCACACCAAAGUGUUUCACACCUGUUCAGAGGUAAUGACUCUCAUUCAGGACAUCCCUGUUCCGGUCAUCGCCAUGGUGAACGGCGUUGCCACGGCGGCCGGUUGCCAGCUUGUGGCCAGCUGUGACGUUGCUGUGGCGACGGAGAAGUCCACUUUCGCCACUCCGGGGGUGAACGUCGGUCUGUUCUGCUCCACGCCGGCCGUCGCCAUCGGUAGAGCCGUGCCCAGGAAGGUUGCCAUGGAGAUGCUGUUCACAGGCCGUCCCAUCUCGGCCCAUGAUGCUUUGCUGCACGGUCUGAUCAGUAAGGUGGUGCCGGAGGAUCGUCUGGAGGAGGAGACGUUAGCCAUCGCUCAGCGGGUCUGCCAGGCGAGCCGACCGGUCGUCGCCCUCGGGAAAGCCACGUUCCAGAGACAAAUGGCUCAGGGUCGAGACGCAGCGUACGCCACGGCCUCCAGAGUGAUGGUGGACAACCUGGCGCUGAGAGACGGGCAGGAGGGGAUCCGAGCGUUCAUCGAGAAGCGAAAACCAGUAUGGAGCAACAAGGCAGAGAAAGCCCACGACUGAUGUGCUGAUGACUCAGGAGUUCCCCUCCCUGGUGUGGGAUAAUGAGCACCAGUCUCCAGCAGAUGUGAGGGCAAAAAUCAGGAGGAUCGAGGUGGGAAUUGUUGAUCCAUUGUGCCUUAAAAGCUUCGGUGUGGGGAAGAGAAGGAAAACCAUCUCUGAGAACAUGCACUCACAAAGCUGCUCUGUAUUUGUAUAAUUGUAAAUACAAUAAAUAAGAUUACCAAU